AGCUGCCGCGUAAGCACACGCGAACACCACCAUCAUAGAAAGCAGGAGUGCGCACCCUGAGUAACUGAGUUGCAGCUCCUACCGGCUCGUACGGGAUUGCUAUUCAGUCAGUGCGUUGGCGUUGAAUGCAGGAGGCGGUAACGCCAGCGCGUUGCUCUUCAUUGUUCAUAGAGGAAGGAGACAGAGGCGGUUGAGGUGGUGCGUUGCACGCCUUUCGUGAGAUUCCUGACCCCACCCGCGCCAAAACGGCUCCUCGGCGCUAGUUGCGGUGUCGUUUCGGAGCCGCCGUCAAAUAGAUCGCUGCCCGUGUUCCGUGUCGUUGAUACUUCCCCGAGCGUGGCUCCUCUUCCUCGCACGCCGUGCCGUUGCGUUGUGGUGCUGUCUGCCGGGAUGGACGCAGCGCAGGCGAGGCACCAACACCGCACCUUUGCCCGCACGAAUGGGCUUGGCGGCGCCGCGGCCCCCCACCUGGUGGCUGCAGAAGAGCGUCAUCGCCAAAACGUGCAGCACCUCCGGCAACUGAAAGCGGCGCUGUGCUCCACCGUGAGCUCCGCAGCGCCACGUCGGCCCACCGCACCCAUCUCACGCGAGGAGUCAUUGCCGUCCUCUUCCUCGCCGUCGCUGCCGGCGUUGGGUGCGUCGCGCAGCCAGCGCACAGGCGUUGUGGCCUCCGCCACCACGACCGCUGCGUACGAGCCACCGCCUGCAAAACCAUUACAGCACUCCGCACCACUGGCAGCGGUGUUUUCGACGGAGACCGCACUGUCCGCUGCGGUACUGCGGGGCAGUCAGCGUGAGGUGGAGCAACUGAUUCGUGAGAAGCACCAGCUGCAGCAACAGUGCAUAGAGCUGGCCAGCCUACUGGCCAAAGAAACCCCUGGAAAGGUACCCUCCUCUCUUAUGGUGGCAACACCAGAAGGUUCUCUUGAUCCUUUUGCGUGGUCGCCGGUGCACGACGCAGCCCUGGCGGUGAUGGCGCAGGUGACGCGGUGCUUCCCAAAUGUGGUCGAAGACUGGACCACAGCCAAGGCCACCAACGAUGCCGUGCCGACGAACAGCAGGACCGAUCCAAAACGUCUCCGCUCUGCGGCGCCCUCACGUACUGCGGCGAAUGGUGGCCCUCAAGGGAAUGCGGAGGCUGUGAAUGGCAUGCUUGGGGAUGUCGCAGAUAUCAGCGCCGAUGAGCUGAUCGAGGGUCUUCACCGCCUCGCGGCGUUUCUCCCGCAACUGGCCUGCAUGACCACUGUCAGCGAACUCAUCGCGGAGGCAGGGCCGGACAUGCUGGACCACAUCCACACCCUCGAAGAGGAGAAGCGGAACGACUGCCGAGCCGUGCUCUCCAUCACGGACCACCUCACCGAGGUCACUGCACAGCUGCGACAGGAGGCGGCUGAGAAAGACGCCGCCCUGCGCGCCAUGGGCCGGACAGUGGAGGAGUUAAUGGAGGAGAAGCAGGAGUGGUCGCGGCGCGCUCGCGCGAGUGAGGCGGCGUUGGCGGAGCGCUACACGCAGUAUCGCCAGCGGGAGAAGGCGUGGGAGCAGGAGGUUGCGGCGUUGCUGCAGUCACGCGAUGCGGUGGCGUCUGCUGCUGCCGCUCCGGCUGUGCAAGGGCCCCCCGUUACAACAGCAGAAGUGGAAGCGAACGUGGAGGACGCUGCAGCGGCGGAGAGGGCUGCUGCUGCGGAGGUGAAGGAGUGGACGGCUCGACUUGCCCAGCUGCAAGAGGUGUUGGACAAGAAAACCGCCGCGUUGGAGAGCUUCCAGCAGGAGCACAUGAACCUGCAGUCCACGCACGCCACCCUGCAAGCGAGCAGCCAAGAAACGGUUGCAGCGCAGCAGGAGCACAUUGCGGCCUUGGAGCGUCAGUUGCAACCUUUGGAGGCGGAGGUGCAGAUGCAGGCGGACGCCAUCCGCGCGACGUUGCACAAAGUGGACGAGCUGACCGCUGCGCAUCGCGCCGAGGUGGCAGCACUCAACACGGCGCACACCACCGCGUUACAGGAGAAGGAGGCGGCAUUUGACAAGCUGCAGGCGGCGAGGGCACACGUGGAAACGGAGUUAGCGGACGCCACCGCAAAGGUGGAACAACGCACGGCAGAGCUGCAGGCGAUGACGGCUGCCAGGGAUGCGGCGCAGACGGCUCUCGAGGAGCGAGAUCGCGCCUCCGUGGCGGACUCCUCCUCCUUUUUGGUUCCCGCGUCGACGCCACUGCGGCUGCUGCGACCGGAUUUUAGCGGCGUGGAUGUGAGCGAGAGUCGAGAUGGCGUCGCACUCGACGAGAAGGAGACGGGAGAGAGCCCGAGCACGUCGGGCAAUGGCGACAACGACGAGAGUGCGGACGCCAUCUCGCGAUGCACCAACGUGCGCAAGCUGCAGCAGUCACUCAAGCGCAUGAGUCGGGAGCGGACAGCCCUGAAGCGGAAACUGGAGCACCGCGGAGCAGCCUUGACGGAGAUGGAAACGGAGUUGGAGGCGGCGCAACGACUCGUGGCGCAGCAUGAGGCCCGCAUCCAAGUACUCGAAACCGAUAUUGAGCGCGCGGAGAUUUCAGCCGUGCGCGGCAGCAGCGUGGCGCCUGAACCGACGCAGACAGCGGCGAGUGUCGUGCCGCUCCGGUGGUUUGCGUUCUCUGAGCUAGAGGAGCACGCGGAGGAGGGCACCCUCUAUCCGGCGCCCGUUGACCUCUCCGGGUGGCUGCGGGAGGACACGGCGCCGCUUCGCUUCAAGGACUACGCCGCACAGCACCUCAGCCCUCACGAUCAGCUGCUGCUAGACGCCGUUGGGCCGCUCUACCACGUUGGAUUCAACUUGCUCCGCGCGGAGGGUCUCCUGGGCGACGGGCUUUACUUCCCUGUCAUCUGGCGCCGCUUUCUUCUCCAGUUGCAGCAGACGCUGGAUGUGCAGCUGCAGGGGUUGCCCCUGAGUCCGGCGGACACGGCGCGUUGCUUUUACGCUCUAGCGUCCACAGCGGGGCUCUUCAAGCGUCAGAGCGAUCGUCACGAUCCGCUCGAUGCGUACACUCUCAUAGUUGCGUCGCUUUGCGUGUGUCUUCGCCCUCGGGAUGCGGACGAGGAUGCAGCGGUAACCACAGGAUCGACUCCGAAGGCCACGCAACAGACGGACACAGUACUUGCUGCACUGGCACAGAAGACGUCGGUGGCGAGCUGCUUCGCGAGCAAAUGGCGGUGUUGCCGGGCCAUCUUGCGACACAUCUGCGAUCAGGGCGACGGCGAAGACGAGACGAGCCGACGGCUGCAUUCCGUUGUGACGGAAGGAGCCGCCACACCCUAUGCGCUCUUUGCGAAGCUCGCCCAGCAAGAUGCUGCGGCUGUCUUUUCCCCUGCGAGCGACUCAGACGUGAGCACUCCUCGUCGAGAGUUGCGUCGCGACAAUCGAUGGGAGGAGGAAGCGGUGUCUCCCACCUGUAAUCUCGCUUCACUGCUCUCGCACGGUCUGCUGAGCGACGUGCUGCCCAUCUCCCGCCUCUCUUUGCAGGUGGCGGCCCUUCAGCUGAUGGCGAAGGCCAAAGCAGAGAUUGGCGAGGGCCGAUACGGUGUGGACUCAGCGGCUGAACACCGACUCCUCUCCACAGCGGCGGCAUCGCGGCUGACGCCGUCGCAGCACCUCCUGAUCCUCUCUCUGUUGCUCUACCUUUCACGGUACGAGUAUCUGCUGUGUGGGUGGCGUACAAUGAUGACGGCCGCCGUGACAGAAGAAAAACGAAUGGACGCGGCAGUCCUUCUGCUGCCGUCUUUAGAGGCUCUUGGCGUGCACCGCGGCCUUUCCUUCUCAGAUGUGAAAGUGGACCUACGUGGGCGGACACAAGCGGAGAAUGCUAUGGAGGCGCUCCUGGUGCUGGACGCGGGUCUGCUGCCGGCCAUUACGAUGUGCAUCUGCAUGUGCCGCACCCUCGAGCAUGAGCCGCGGCUUCUCCCCGACUACUAUGCCACACGACGCGCACUCAUGGAUUUACACAAGGAAAGCCUCGCUUUGGAUGAUGCCAUGCCCGCUCUUUCAUUGGCGGAGCGGUGUCCACGGGCUCCACCGCUGCUGCUGCUCUCUGAGGCGCAACUGCGCGACUACGUUCAACAGGUGCUGUCACCCGUCAAGUGUACGCCGUCUGUGGCGAACCGCGUCGUGCAGGUGCCGAGUGCCGAGUACGAGCGACUCCACCGCGAGCUUCUGUCGCUCUACCAAACCAACGAGACAAACGAGGCGUACAUUCAAGAGCUGCUCGACGCGGUGGAAGCCAUGUAG